AUGUAUCAAACUCUGUUGAUUCUCUUUGUGGCCCUAGCCAACACUUGGGCAACGGAUUAUAACGCUCUAAUUGAGGAUCAGGGCAUCUACGUGCAGUGUUCAGAAGCUCCAGCCGGUUCCCUUGGCCCCCACGAUGGAUUUAGUCUUGACAAUAUGGUGAUGAAUAUGGAGCCAGAAGGCAUUUACGUAUCGGGAAAUAUGACAGUUAAACUAAACUUUUCACCCUCCGAUCGAAUUUCCGCUAGGUUUAGCGUAAUGCACUAUGAACGUGGUACUUGGCAACCCACAAUGUUUAACCUUUACUCCGCGAACUUUUGUGAGGUGAUGUUUGACGAAGAUCAAUACUGGUUCAAGUAUUGGUUUAAACACAUACGAAACCGAGAGGAGGUUCGUGAAAAAUGCCUAAAAGUGAAAGAUACCGUGCUGGUGUAUAAUGAGUUUUUGAUGGUCCUGCAACUUGAAAAUGUCAAUACAUCAAACUUACAGGGGCGCUAUAAGGCGGUGAUUACUUUAGAGGCUUUCGAUGAACAUGAUGUGCGACGACCAACAUCCUUUUGUGUGGAAAUAAGAGGCGACCUUGAGAGGGUUAAGUAGCUGCAAAAGUUUUAACAACUUCAAGUUUUUUUCUAUAUGAUUUGCCAAUUUGCCUAUUAAAUAAACAU